UGCUGUGUCAACAUCAUGUCUGCUUCACAUUCAGAGUAUAUUCAAAAGCUAUGUAGAUUGUGUGGGAAGAAAAUUGUGAAAAGUAAACAUUACGUUAAUUUUAAAUCUUGUGAUAUUUACAGUGAAGUGUUUCAAUCUAUAUAUGGAAUAAAUUGUGAACAAGAAGAUCCUUGUGUAUUUCCUAAAUUUACUUGUAAUGGAUGUAGAAGAAAAUUAGAUGAGAUGAAAACGUCAAAAAAAAUAAUUGGUACUGCUGCAUCAUUUUACCCUCAUGUGGAUGAAAAUUGUGUGUGCAUGAAUUAUGCUGUAAACAGAAAAGACAGCUUAAAAAUACUGGAAUUAGAUGUGAGUAUGAAGAAAGUUGGUUUUAGUAUAUGUGAUAAAUCGGAUAACUAUAAACGUGUCUAUACCCUUUGUCAAAAUGAAAAAGAAUUAAACCAUUUGCUUACAAUACGUAUAGACAACAGCAAUGGUUGGGAUUUCUCCAUAUAUGGGAAACCUAUGGAGAAAGAAACAAUACAACUAACAAAAACUCUGCCAUGUGUUUUGAAAAAUGAUGAUAUUUCAACUUUCUCGUCAUUCUGGAAGUCAGUCAGUGUUUGCACGGGGUUACAAGGUUAUGAAGAUGUAAUCAAGUCGAGAUGUAAUUUCGAACAGCCAUUCAUGAAUCAGAGUGGAACAUUUCCAGUAGCUUUUGUUGAAGACGAUAAAAUGGUCAGAUUUGAUGAAGACAAUUUUAAAACAAUACGCCAUACCAACUGUCAUUUUUUAGCUGAAAAACCUUCAUCUGUAUGUAGUAUGUGCAAUUCUUUUAAACCAACAGUUAAAAAAGUUAGAAGUAGACGGAAAAGUGAUGAUUCUGUGCUUGAUUCCUCACAUACAAACAUUCGAUAUCUUUCCAGAGAAGAACUAGAGGAAAGAUAUCGCAAUACUCAGGGAGAAAAACAGAGAGCAAUAAAGAAAGUUGCCCAAUUAUCAUCUUGGGUAAGAAAAAUUACUGAGAAAGAAUGCAUCCAUGUUGAUGAUGAGCAACACGAAUUUAUAAAAAAUAUUGUUUGCAAUGAGGAAACAUGUCCUGAAAUACCCGAAGGCAGUCCCCAGUGGUUGUUAUGGGAGCAACAAAAAGAAAUGGCUUCCAAAAGUUCACCUAAUGGCAUGAGAUGGCACCCACUAAUUAUUAGGUGGUGCCUCAGUUUAUACCACCAUUCACCAGCAGCAUAUAAACAUUUGCGAAAUCCGAAUUUGAAUUUUUUAAAACUCCCACAUAUUGACACACUUAAAAAAUACAUAAACUUCACUGAUCCAAUGUGUGGAUUCAAUCCAGAUGUCAUUGAAAGAUUAAUAGUGGAUAGUAAAAUUGCAACUCUGGAUGAUCACCAAAAAAACGUUUCGCUUAUUUAUGAUGAGAUGAAAAUAAAAGCUGACUUGGUGUUCAGACAGUCAACUGGACAAUUGGUUGGUUUCACUGAUAUGGGGGAUAUUAACGAUGAGUUAGUUGAAUUUCAAAAACGUGCUGAGGGAUCAUCAGAGAAUGAUCGUCACUUUGCUUCCUAUGUGAUAGUGUUUAUGGUUCGAGGAAUUGUUUCAUCUCUGGUGUAUCCUUUUGGAUAUUUCGCAUCAUUGGGAUUUACCUCUGAUCAGCUCUAUCCAUGUGUAUGGGAGGCGACAUAUGUAUUGGAGGCAAUUGGUUUUUAUGUUCGAGCAUUUAUUUCAGAUGGUGCUUCUCCCAAUAGGAAGUUUUACAAAAUUAUGGUGACACCUGAUAUUGGUAACACAUAUUGGACCAACAACUUAUUAUCAUUGGACAGAAAGAUCUUUUUUAUAUCCGAUGUCCCUCAUCUCAUUAAAACAACGAGAAACUGUUUCGAGAACUCUCAUGGAAACAAUAAUACACGCAAUCUUUUUCUCGAUCACAUGGAUAUCAGCUGGAACCAUCUUGUCAAUGUUUAUGAAUGGGAUCUGAAUUUACAUGGAGCAGCACCUGGAUUAAGGAAACUUUAUAAACUAAAAGAGGAUCACAUAAAGUUAACUCCAAGGUUGAGGAUGCAAGUUAAGUUGGCUACCCAAGUUUUGAGUAAAACAACUGCUGAUGCACUUGAGGUUCAGGGGCUGCAUUAUACGAAAAGUACAAUAAAGUUUGUGCGUAUGUUUGACCAAGUUUUUGAUUGCUUGAAUGUAUCUUCAAUUAAUCAAGAUCGUGGCGGAAAAAUAGCUCUUGCAGCAUAUAGAGAUGUUAACGAUUGGCGUUUUGAGUUUUUAGAGAAAGAAUUCCUCGAACAUUACCUGGGAAGGUGGGAAGAACAAGCCAAUGACACACCUAAUUUAUCCCAAGAUGAAAAAAAAAAAUUGUUAUUGAGCAAACAGACGAUAAAUGGUUGGAAAAUAACAGUGAAAUCAUUCGUGGAACUGACCAAAUUACUUCUCCAGAGUCCAAAUGUCAAGAUGAUUUUGAGCGAGAAAUUCUCACAAGAUCCAUUGGAGGAACAUUUCGCUCGUCAAAGACGAAGUGGUGGUACAUGUGACAACCCAACACUUUAUCAAUUUGGCCAACAAGAACUUUCUUUGCUUGUUAUGAAAUCUGAGUUGAUCAGAGAUCUACGUGGAAACACUCGACGUGGUAAUCAAAAUCAGAUUCACCUAGACGUAAAUGAUAUGAGGAAACUUCCACAGAAAAGAAAGAGAUAGUUAUUUAUAUAUUGAUACUUUUGGAAACAUGAUUGUUUGACUAUUUUAUUUAUAUUUUUUCUGAGUAUGUCAGACAUUUUUUCCAUUACGCUUUUUCAACAUAGAAGUUGUUUUGUUAUUAGUGCCUUGUCUUUUGAGUCACAUCUUUUGCAAAUAUUUUUAGUGGAGUACGAUUUUGACUUUGAUUUGAAACAUUUUUUUGAAAACAUCAAAUCUUAGAAAAUAAUUGAGAUUAAAAAAAUUUAGGAUUGCUACUUUAUUAUUGCUAUGUAAUUUUUAUUUAUGUCAUCGGGAAAUUACAACUAUUACGGAAUUUCUUUUAUCUUCAUUUCGAAUGGAUCCGCCAUACGUGAAUAAAUAUUACAGUUUUGUUUUGCUUUUUUACAUACUCACUUCGCGAUAUGUAGAACAACCCUGGGGACAAGUUUCAUUAUAUUCCCAACAAGAAUUCAUGCGAAGGAGUGUCGAAAUUAAUAU